AUGGUUAGUGCCAGUUGGAAUGCUCCAGUUCAUGGGUUGCCGGAUUUUAUCUUUCCCUAUAAGAUGAAAAGGCUUAAGGUUAUAAUGAAGGAUUGGAAUCUUAGAGUUUUUGGCAAUAUUCAUUCUCGUUUGAAGCAAGAUCAACUUCGUUUUGAGAUUGCAGCUAGAAUUUCAGAUGAAGACCCAACUAAUAUUUCUAAUCUUAAUGCAAUGAAAGACGCUAUGGCAACCCUUUCCGAGACUCGAUUACAUCAGGUCACUAUAUUGAAACAGAAGUCUAGGAAAAAAUGGUUGGUUGAAGGAUCAAGCAACACGAAUUUCUUUCAUAAUAGUAUUCGUAUUAAAAGGAGUAAUAAUACUAUUUCUGAAUUGGUUGAUGCCAGUGGUGCUACUAUUUCUGAUUACGAUGAAUUGAGAAAUUAUGUGGUUCAGUUUUAUGAAGAUAAAUUCAAUGGCCAGGAGUUGGAGAUUGAUGAUGAUUUAUUCAAUUUUGAUCACCCCACCAUCUCAAUGGAAGAUAGUAUUGAUAUGGACGGAAUUCCUUCUCCGGAAGAAAUCAAACAAGCUGUUUUUGAUUUAGAUUCAGAUGGUACUCCGGGUCCGGAUGGUUUUUCUGGUUGUUUCUAUCGUCAUUGCUGGGAUAUUAUUCAAGAUGAUUUGAUAAGGGCAAUUAUUUAUUGUUGGAAUUCUGGUUAUAUUUCUAAUGGUAUCAAUUAUUCCUUGAUUAUUUUGUUGGCCAAGGUAAGAGGUGGUAAUACGCUUCGUCACUUUAGUCCUAUUAGUCUUGGUAAUUUUUUCUUCAAAUUUUUUACUAAGAUCCUUGCUUCUAGACUGAGUAGUGUUUUGGACAAGCUUGUUUCUGAGGAAUAG